CGCCCAGAGGCUCGUGGGAGGCGCUGGGCCUGGCUCGGUGCGCCGGGAGUGGAGAACGGUGCCAGGAUGGGCCUGGGCGCAUGGGGACCGACACGACCAGGGAACGGGCCCGGGGCAAGGAGAGCUCAGUGGGGCGAGGCAAAGGCCGCGUCGGACGGCGGGUGCCCAGCUCGAGGUGCAGCGGGGCCUGGCUCCCAGGCAGCGUCCCCCUCUGGUGCCGCCGGGAAGGGCAGGGCGGCGCUCCGCGCUCUGCUCAGCUGGUUCAGCGCCCCCCUGCCAUUCCUGGCUUUGCAUCCGACAGCCAGGCCCCCCUGGGCUGGGCACGGCAUGCACCCCUCCCCACUCCUGCACCGGCCCUGAGCCGGGGUCAAGCCCCCCACCCCACUCAGCCAGGAACAUAUGCCCCCGAGGAGGCAGGACCAAGGGGGGAGCCAGGGGGGUCUCGGCAGGCAGGGGCCCCUCCCCAUAUAUUGGUUAGGAGUGAAACUGGGCUGGGAGUUUCCAGCCAGUCCCUGGUCCCAGGUCCUUGAGCCUCAGGGCCGGGGGUCCUGAGCCCCGGGGCUUGUCCUGGCAGCUGCAGGCUGGGCCAGGCAGGGAGGAGCGGGCAGGGAUGCGGGGGCCCUCGCACAGGGUGGCGACGUGGUGACGGGGUCGCUCAGGGAUGCAGGCGACUUGGAUUCUGUCCCAGCUCUGCUGCAGACCCUUCCCAGGCAAGUCGCUGCCGAUGGCACAAAACCGAGGGGAGAGAGAAACAAAGCCGAGCCCGGGUCACGGGCACAGAGCAAUGCGGAUCUCUUGGCAAGCUGGGCGCAGGUGAAGACUGUGUUUUAAUGCGGCUGAACGCAAAUGUAGACGGCUAGGAGCAGAGAACGGCAGCCGUACGCCCGUGCUGACAGGGGAGGGAUGCUGCCGGGGGAGCAGGGACCCUGACAAAGGUUUGCGGGUUGUGGUGGAGAUGCUGCCCCCCGCGGCCGGCUGAGGGGGCGAGAGCGAGGGCGGUCGCCCCGACGCCGGGAUCCGGAGUUGGCGUGCCGACCGGGGGUGCCUACGAAACCCCAGACGAAGGGGACGUCCUGGGCCGGUCCUGCUGGCCGCUGAGCUCCCAAGGUACCGUCCCAGCCGGGCUCCCGAGAGCACCCGCCAGGCCGGGGAGGGACUGGGCCUCGGGGAAGUGCCUGGCCCCCGGGGGCGCCUGCCAGGCCUCAGAGCCGCCGGCCGCCCCGCCAUGCCCGCCAAGACCCCCAUCUACCUGAAGCCCUCGACGCCGAAGCGGGGCCGGAAGCUGCGGCUGCGGGACGUGCUGUCGAGCGACAUGAUCAGCCCGCCGCUGGGGGACUUCCGGCACAGCGCCCACAUCGGGCCGGCGGGCGAGGGCGACAUGUUCGGGGAACUCUCCUUCCUGCAGGGCAAGUACGACCUGCUGCCCCCCCUGGGCCGCCGCCUGGCCUCGCAGAGCGCCCAGGCCGUGGGGCAGGAGCCGGCCCGGGGCCCCGCCGCCAGCGGCUACCGCAGCCUGCUCAAGAGUGCCGUCUCCCUGCCUGUCUUCAGCGGGGCGCCGAGCCCGGAGCAGGCCCCCCCCAAGCCGCCCCGGCUGCACCUGGAGGAGCUGCCCAGCAGCCAGCGCUCCAUGUCCGUCAGCUGCGGUGAGGGCUGUUUCCACAGCGGGCAGGGCCUGCCCUUCUCCCUCCCGCACUACCACCAGCUGCCCGCCUCCGUCUCCUUCUCCGCCGACUCCUCCGAGGGCUCCUUCCCGGGCCCCUGGGGCCUGGGCUACGGCGCCCGGGCCGGCACGGACACCCAGGAGCCCCCCUGCUCCCCCGGGGCCUCUGUCCCGCGCUCCGAGUCCCUGCUGGGGCUGGACCUGGACCUGGGCCCCUCCAUCCUGGACGACGUGCUGCGGAUCAUGGAGGAGUACAAGCUGCCGGGCGCCAAGGCCCUGUAGAUCCGUCCUCCACGCCAUGGAGGCUCCUUGGCCCGGCAGCCCCCCCGGCCCAGCUGCGGGGUGCUGCCCCCUCAGAGAACGCCCUGACCUCUGAGCCGCCCACGGCCUGGGCCCAGGAGGGGCACCGUGGCUCGAGCAGCCUGGGGUCUGUGGGGAGCUCCCCAGCCUGCUGGGACUGGCCCCCAGAGGGGACCGAGGGGCACGGCUUAGCCCCUAGCCCAGCGCGGCUCAGGAACCGGCCUCGGGGGUCGCCUGGCUGGGGGGGAACCCGGCGCACGGACACUCCCUCCGGCUCUGCCUGUCACCAACACCAGCUGGACUUCAGGAAGUUUCAGGCCCUCAGCGCUCCCUGCCCGGCUCUGCCCCGGGGCGGGCUUGGCUCUGGCCGGCGAGGGUACGGGCUGAGCCGUGCGCUGAGCCCCGGGCUCCUCGGUCUGCGGCCCCGCCGCUGGGUUUUCCCGCAGCUGGAGACUCGCGGGCCCCGUGGAACGGGCUGGGACCCAGCUCGGGGAUGCGGGAUCCUGCCCCACUGGGCACAGAGCCCAGAUUUAAACGCUAACCCCCCCACCCAGCCUAACCGCAGACCCCUCCCCCAAAUGUCCCUGCCUCCUGCCAUGGGCCUUGGCUGGCUGCUGACCCCGGAGGGGGGGCUCCCGAAUGUUCUGGGGCCAGGGUGACCCAUGUGACACUCCACAGCAGGAAGGUCUGGGCAUGUCCCCCCCCCAGGCACGCAGCAACAUCCUCACCUCUGACCCCCCCUCCCACAGGGAGGGGCUGCCCCUGUCCAGAGCCCUCCCCCACGUCCCCCCACAUCCCUGCGCACGGAGCCCCGAGGACUGGGGGCCGCCAGGGCGUGAGGUGGGAAAGGACGGGGAGGGUUGGUGGCUGGGAAGGGGAGUGGGGAGACACACACACACACACCCCUUCCCCCCCAUAUACACCCCUACACUCACACCCCAUGCUCACACACUCCAUACACACAAACCCACACACACCCCUAGACACACCCCCACACACCCCUACAAACACACACACACCCCUACACACACUCCAUACACACAAACCCACACACACACCCCCACACACCCCUACACACACACACACACCCCUACACCCCCCCCACACACACCCCUACACACACUCACUCAUACUGUUCUUGGGUUGUUUGCUGCCAGCACCCAGCGGUUCCUGCAUCUCAGCCAGCGGAUGCUGCUGCCCUUCUGCGGGGGCCAGGCUGAGGGAUGGAGCAGGCCGGGGGAGUGCCCCUGGGGUUCAGGCACCAAAUCUUCCUGCCCCCUUGGGAGGGGGGCCGCCCCACAGCCAGGCCCUCCAGGUUCUGCCCUGGGCCCCUGCAGCAUCCUUGGCAAAUCCCAGCUGGUGACGCCUGCCCCUCUAACCACAGAGGCUGGCGCGUGGCUUCGCGUGGGAUCGUCUGGCUGGCGUCUAGUUCUGGCCCUUCAGCAGCUCCUGCCCCCUGCAGAACGGCUCCUGCCCUCCCCUCGUGAGCCCCCUGCAGCGCAUCCCCCCUCUGCCCAUCACUGUGGCCUCUGAACCCCUCGCUCUCCUGCCACCUGGAGUCGUGCGUCAGCAAUAAAAGUGUUUCGUCCCCAG